AUGUCGCAGCCAACAAACUCCGGCAUCAUAACCGACAAAAACGGCGAACGUGUUAUCCCCGAGUCUAAGAGAGCCGACGGAAGCACCAGAAAAGCCAUCAAGGUCCGCCCCGGCUACCGCCCGCCUGAGGAUGUUGAAGUGUACAAGAACCGCACCGCCGAGGGCUUCCGCCAGCGUGGCAAGGGCCCAGUGCCGGGCGCAGAGGGAUUGAAGGAGGACAAGUCGGACCAGCAGUCCAGUGCGGCGGCCAACAAAAACGCCAAACGUCGGGAAGCGCGCAAAAAGGCCAAGGCCGCUGGCGAAACAGAAGGCGAGGACCAGAAGACAGCUGCUGAAGCGGCCCCUGCACCCAAGCCCGAAGAGGUCGACCCGGAAGCCGAGAGGGAGAAGAAGGCCCGGAACUUGAAGAAGAAGCUCCGCCAGGCCAAGGAGCUGAAGGACAAGAAGGAUGGCGGAGAGUCCUUGUUGCCGGAACAGAUUGCCAAGGUUAUCAAGAUCAAUGAGCUCAUCCGGGAAUUGGAUGCCCUUGGUUUCGACUCUGAAGGGGAGCCAAAGAUCGCAAAGGCUUCGUCCGAAGCUAAGGAGGACUCGACCUGA